AUGCCAGACCGCUUGAAUAAAUUAACCUCGCUGAGCUGGCACGAUCCAGUCAACGCUUGGCUCGCGGAGGAUGGUCAACAAUGCGCACCGUCGAGCUCACGCAUGUACAGGUGGGGAGGGAUUGAAUGUGAGGUGAAGAUGGCCCGGAAAGACCGAAUUGACAACAAAAGUGCAGGAUUUGAUACCCAAUCUCCUGCCUCAAUCCAAAUAGCUGGCGAACUAGACGACCUACUCAUGUCCUUCCAGGAGACUUGGCACGAUGAUGCUUCGUGGGAUGAGAAUCCUCGCCACCGAUACGCGGUUUAUUAA